AUGUGGGGGGCCAGUGGAACCAAGCACAAUGAAGAAAAUAUCACCGUGGGGGUGGAAAAGUGUUCUGGCAUGGACAACCAGAUUGUUGAUGGUGUUUACAUGUGGCUUUGGCCUGUUGCUGAGUACCAGGCAAUAGGAGGAUUGAAGAGAAUGCCUACUAGGAGAAGCCCGUGUAGACGCCAUAUUUUGAGACAGGAAUGGGUACCUGUAUUUCACGAAAGUCUUUCUCACUUACAUGUCCUUCUUUUCAAUGAAGGGAGAGUCUGGGGUUGCUGCCCAAAGAACUGGAAAGCUUUUAAUUCCUACUGCUACUUGUUUUCUACUGACUUAAAAUCCUGGGAUGAAAGUGUGGAGAACUGCCGCAGAAGGGAGGCUCACCUGGUGGUGAUCAACACCGAGGAGGAGCAGGAUUUUAUCAUCCAGAAUAUAAAAGAAGACACUUAUGUGGGGCUGUCAGAUCCAGAAGGUCAGAAGCAUUGGCAGUGGGUUGACCAUACACCAUACAAUGAAAGUGCUGCAUUCUGGCUUCCAGGUGAGCCCAAUUAUACUUAUGAGCGAUGUGUUGUGCUAACCCCUCAAUAUACUAGGUGGGGCUGGAAUAAUAUCACUUGUUAUUUUAAAAGAAGUUCAGUAUGUGAGAUGAUGAAGAUCUACUUAUGAAUCAAACAUUCUGCAGGGACAUGUGGUUGGGUUGGCAUAGUGAGAGCUAAUAUAUUUUGGUUUAUUUGUUAGACGUGUCAUAGAAUUUUGGGUAAUGUGUUCAAGGGCUGGGCUCUACUUGUGAGAAAAUUGAUGCACUUGUUUGUUUAUUCAUUUUCUCAUCACAAAAAGAGUACUUA